AUGACUUCUAGUAACGCCAAUGGUUCAGGUUUUCAACAAGCGCAGAACACAGUCGGUUCUGCACAACAAGGGUUCAAUUAUCAUGAUCCUCCGCAAGCGAAGCAAACCAUGUUUGGAUCGUCUCCCAAUGUGGUGACAAACUCAACCCAUACUUCUGGAGUUUUUUCUUCCGGUGGAACAGGUUUUAAUGUGCGCAAUGAGGAGGCAAUCCGUGCGAGCAACAUUGGCUUUGGAGGUAAUAUUCAACAAAACUCGUCCGCUUUCCAUGGCGGUACUAGUGCGGUGUCUUUCACUCCGAGUCCGAAUACUCAACAUCAAGCAAGUUCUGUUCGAAACCCAUUUCGUAGUGUAGCAAGCGGGGAUAAAGCAGAUGGGUUGACUUUUGGAACCUCAUCAAGUGUGACAAGAACGGCAGCUAACAACGUAGCUCCAGAAUCUGGAUCACCGUUUGUUCCGACAGGUGGUCGCGGCAAUUUUGCGGGAAUGGAUUCAACUAGAGGAAGACCUUUUGGCAAUGAGGGAGGUCAGAGUUCUUCUUUUGCUUCCAAAAGUUUCGGUGUCACAAGUCAACCCAAUAAUAAGCGGUUUGAAGGUGGAGGAGUAAAUCCAUUUCAGUCCAUUAAUGGAGCUACUCACUCAUUUGCUGGCAAGCAACAACCAAAACCCCAAAAUCCAGCAACAAAUGGAUUCACGAAGAACUCCUCGGCCUCGGCCUCAAAACCAGUUUUGCUCUAUGCUCAUGGCAAUUGCGAAUUCGAUGGGAAUAGCGGUCCUGGCGAUAUUGCACUAGACGAACAAGCCCGACGUUUGAAAGCAAAGAUGGAGGAGAGGAAGCGUUUGCAGGCAAAAAUAGAAGAGAAAAAGAGAAAGUUAUUGGAAAAGAGAAAACAGCAAUCCGAUCGCAGCGUUCUAAACGCAGCGGUGCCUUCAUUUGUUCCUGGCUCUGAACCUGACCCCGUGAAUAAGGGUGAUUCUGAACAACCACGUGAAGACACCACGGGGUUCUCCUCGUUCCGAAAAUCGCAAGGGGAUGAAGGCAAUUCCAAAACCCGUGAUUUGCUGCCGCAUGGAAUCAAGGUUACAACUAACAUCGACGAAAAUUCAGGCAAUCGAGAUGAGCGGGAAGAUUUAAAGAAUGCUGUCGCCUUGGUUGGAACUUGCACACAUAUGUGUCCAGACGACGAACUACUCCGCCGCGAACGAGAGAACGAUAUUCAGCUGCUCGAGAUCCCACUUCCGGGAACUCUCCAUCCAAAAAAUUGGACACUCCGGAAUACAGUGAUAAAACGAUUCCGUCGUUCUGCUGCUGAUUACAAGCUCGAUGUUCCAGAAUGGGUUCGGCCUCCAGACAUUCUUGAAAAUGUGUGCGGCUACUUGGAGGAAUGGGUUAUGGAUCGAGACCGGCAAGGACCGGAUCCGCGUUUCCCAAGACAGCAGGUGCCACAACCUUUAGAUGUGUAUCAAUUCAUAUGGAAUCGCACAAGGAUGAUCCGCAAGGACUUCACCCUUCAAAACUAUGUUGGUUCGGGCGGGAAAUGCGACGCAAGAGCAGUGCGAUGCCACGAGCGCAUCGGGCGGUGGCAUGCGAUGUGUGAACACCAGUUGAGUCACAUUCCAGAGUUCACAAACAUGCAGAGUCAGCAGAAUAUUCAAGAAUUGGGGCAGACAAUGAAAACGUUAAAUCAGUUCUAUGACGACGACCUAAAUCGAUCGAUGGUUGAGGUACCAGACGAUUCGGGCAUAGAAACAAGGACAGAUUUGUCUCCAUAUGCACACGGGUGCUCGGCAGACUCAGUUCAAGGAGUUUGUCCAAGGGAUUUCGAUGGAUCACAACUUCAGAAUGACAGUACUGGUACAAGAGUAUCAAACAGGCUUAUUGGAAAACAUGCAGUCCACUCUUCCACUCACGGCACCGCUGAAGCCGAAAUGCGGGGCCUCUACAUUCUUUUAACGAUCAACAAUGAUGGUGGGAUGGAAGUGUUGAAGUAUGCUGGGAAACUAUUCAAGGAGAGACCUUCCAUUUAUCACUCCAAGCCAGUUCAGCUUGCCAUGAACAUAUACAAGGCAAAGAAAGAAUUCAAUUAUGUUCGCUUUUUUCAAAUCCUUAAAUCACCUACAACACCUUAUCUCUUUGGAUGCAUCAUGUUCAAGUAUGUCGAACUGAUGCGAAAAGUGGCUAUUCGGAUAAUGAGUAAAACCUAUGGCACACGGAGAAAAGAUACUGGGGAGAGCAUUUAUGAUGGCUAUCCAUUGAAGCGCUUUCGUCACCUCCUUUGCUACGAAGAUGAUGACGAAGCGAGGCAUGCUUGCAACCACUACAAUAUCACGGUGAAGGCAAUGAAAGUCAAGUCCUCCGAAUCAUCAAGCCUGGUCAUGGAGUUUAUUUUUUGGAGAAAGAGCGACUUCAAAGAACCUGUGCAUUCUGAGAAAGGUUAUAAAUUGCCGCUCCAGCCUAGGAAAAUGAUGAAGACAAUCGAAAGCAAACAUCACGGCGCAACAAGAUUAGGAAUUUGUAGAGGGGAGGCAAGUGGAGGAGCUGGAAUACACCUAGCAGGUACACUUGAUAUCCCUAAGACUUCAGCCAGAAGGUUCUUCCGGGUUCAAGGAUCAUUGAUCUUGACCAAGCGAUGGAUUCGUCUAUGA